AUGACCAACAAUUCGCCUUCCUUCCCCUCGCCGACUUUCUCAUCGCCCCCUAGCGCCCAGACUAUCUCCGCCCCUUCCUCAUCUCCGCGUGCUCCAUCCUGGCCUCCUACAGACGCCUCCCAUCACAUCGGCAUGUCUCGUAACUUUGUUGACCCUCACUUUUCUGCAGAACAUGCAAGCUCUGCUGGCUUUCAGCCUAUGUUGGCCGCCAACCUGUCUGGUCCCUUUGUUCCCAACGCCCGCAUGUCUGCUCUCGCCAAUUCCGCCAAUUCCGCCAACUCUGCCUCUAUGCUCGUGCAACCUGGCAUGUAUGGCGCACAGCAUCUCAACACGUUCUGGAAGCCUAGCCCAUCCAGCCACAUGAUCAAGAUGGAGUCUAGCGCCGACCUCUUUGCUCCCAACAUGCCUUGCGACUUUUCUUCCUUCCCUGACUCCCAGCCUAUGGUCUCCAGCAUGAGUCUGCCCACUUACGCUACCCAUGCUCUCGACAGCCGAUUCACCUUGUCUGAUGCUGAAUCGCUUUGCUCGCUCCCAUCUCCCAGCUCCACAUCCGAGGCAUCUUCGAGACCCGCUUCUGUCAAGCGCAAGGCAAUCACCGAUGCUUCGCUCGACGCUACUUCGGCCCUCGGCACGGACGAUGCUAAAGCUAACAAGAAGUUUUCCAAGCAAUCUGGCCAGCGACGCCCUCCACCUUCGGCAUAUCACGUCACCGAGUCGGGCAAGCCUUUCCCCGUCAUUGACACCUCGGCCAAGCACUCCAGCCUCUUUGUCCCUCCCGACACCUCGGGUCUUACCAAGCGCGAGGCUCGUCUUGUCAAGAACCGUGCCGCUGCUUUCCUCUCCCGACAGCGCAAGCGUGAACAGUUUGAAGAGAUGCAGAUCAAGUGCAAGGCUAUCUCGAUGCUUGUUUGGCGCAUGUGGGAGACCAUCGCUGGUCCCGACGCCGGAUCCGAGCUCAUCGAGUCGACUCGGCUCGCUUCGCUUCUUGCCAACCAAGACCCCGCGGCCCGUCUUUGCCUCGAGGAGGUCAUCUCGAAAAAGGGAGCUUCCAUCGCACCUACUGCCGACGAAGCAGAGGGAACACCUGCACCCGAGUCGCAGCCUAUGCGCCCUGCUUCCACUGGGCCUGCCUCGACAACUCAGAAGGAGGCUCACAACACCUCUGCUGAGCUCGAGCGCACUCGAUCCGAUCUCGCUGCUUGCCUGCAGCGUGAAAGUGAGCUCCUCUCGCAGCUUGACGCGCUCCGCGCCAGCGCUGCUGCUAUGCCCCUCGACAACAUGCCCCUUAACAACAUGCCCGUUGCAGAUAUGAAUGACUCGCAGAACUGGAACAACGCCGGCAUGGACGCUAGCAACAUGAGUGUCCCAUCGAUGGCUUUCAGGGGAAUUCAGGGCGCUGAGCUUCCACUCUUUAUGCCUGAAUCGCCCUUGUCCAAGUUCAGCUUGGGCGAUGUCACCAACGCUGGCAUGUUGCUCGACGCUUCGCACGCCGGCUUCGACCUUUCCAAGACUCCCACCCUGGCCAUGUUCUCGGAGAAUGCUCUGCGCAACCGAUCUGCCCAGCAACAGCUUGGCAACGACAAGGCUUCCGGUUCAGGCAUGGGUCUCGGUCUCGAUUACCGAUUCCCUUGCGCUUCCGCUCCCUCCUCGCCCUCUACAGCAUCGUCAUGUUCGAUGGAGAGCAGCCAGUCUCGACACCACGGCUUGAUGGUGGCCAGCAACAAGAACAGCAGCAGCAGCAGCAAUGGCAAUGGCAAUGGCAAUGGCAAAGCACCUAGCACCCUUGCUUCGGCCUUGCUCCUUGCUGGUAUGCCGUUGAUGGAUGUCGGCCCCACCGCUAAGGAGCUCGCUGCUGAUGAGAAGCUCUGCUGCUCUGCUGCUGCUGCUGCUGCUGCCGGUCGCAAGGAUGCUCGUGCUGCUCGUCGGGUGAACUGCAAGGCUAAGGCGGUUGCUCGUGCUUCAGCUUGCGCUGUUGCUCGAGACAACAACGCUGGUCAGCCAUCUUCGCAUCUCUCCGACGACGAUUUGCUGAUGGAGAUGGGACUUGACUCUGCUUCGCUCUCGGAAGCCGAGGAUGAUGAGCAUGUCGAUAUCAAGCCUUGCACCUCGACAUCGAAUUUGCAGUCUGCAACAUGGGCGAGCACCAUCUCUUGCGCAUAG